UAAAAUCAUUCAUUGUACAAAACAUAUGUAGAAAUCUGAGAACAGCCAGGAUGUAUGUUAGAUUGUGAAGGCAGAAAAUGCUGUGGGGUCCUAUAGAUGGGGGAGUGACCCUGCUAGACGUAGCACCCACCCAGACAUAGAUUGCUAACAGAUUCAUGUAUAAGAGCAUUACAGCUUUGAGAGAGUGCCAGUUACCUGUAAGAAUGGCUGUACUUUUCUUUGAUGGGAACCUUGGUGUUUUGCUGGUGUACAGUAUUGUAAUGGGUGCUGCUUUUACCAGGAGAGUGGACAAAAGGGAUGAAGGAGACACCGAGAAGAAGAUAACAUUAGCCAGAUGCACAUCACGUUGCCUGACCCACCACAUCACACAGCUAUCUGCCAGCUUCAGAAGUCUUCAGGAUGAUAAUAUUUUGGCUUGGUGUGGGAAAAAGCGGCGGUGCUCACAGUGUAUGCAGCCAUGCAUGGGCCAAUGGGAAGAAGCUUCACAGCAGUGUCACAAGAAAUGUGAGAACCACCAUGAAUGUGUGACCAGCUGUGAGUUUUUGAAAUCUCUUAAAAUGAACAAGCAGGGAGAUUGCCCUCCUCCACACCGAGCGUCUGGGUUUACUGCCGCUUGUGUGUUAAGUUGCAGUAUUGACAAAGACUGCCCUGGCAUAAAGAAGUGCUGUGCCAAUGGAUGCGGUUUCACCUGCCAGGUGCCAGUUAAUAAGAACAAAGGCAUGCCAUUAAAACCUAACACUGGUUUCAUAUUUAAUGAACAUUUCAAUGGAAGCAUAGGAAUCACAUGGAAGUCUAGAUUCAAUGUCUCUGCAGAACCAGUUUUGUACAUCCUGCAAAGAAGAUGGAAUUAUGGCAUUCAGCCUAGUGAGGAUCAGUCUACAUCUUGGCAAACAAUAACAGUGACAGCAACACACCGUUUCAGUAUGCCUGACAUAAGGCCAAACAGAUGGUAUCAGUUCAGAGUGGCAGCAGUGAAUGUACAUGGCACCCUAGGAUUCACCACACCAAGUAAACAUUUCCAUUCAAAGAAAGAUCCAUUGCCACCAGCUGCUCCUACUGGUCUCAGACAGGGUAACCUAACAACUAUCCAUGAUGGUACCCUAACUGUGCGUAUUACUUGGGCUGCACCACAAGAGCAAGACCUAAAAAUUCACCAUUACAGAAUAUCCUGGAGCAGUAAGACCAAUAGUGAUCUGCAGGCUGGGAGAAAAAAAGACAGCUGGAGGCUAACAGAUGGGGCAAACACAGAGUUCUCGUUAGAAAAUUUGCUGCCUAAUACUGAGUAUUUAGUAAAAAUACAAGCAGUCUCAUUUUGGGGUCAGAAACGACUGAAGAGUUCAAAGUCACAGCUUAUUAUCAGCACAACAUUGAAAGAUCCAAAAUUAUCAAAUUUGCAUACCAUGGAUGUCUGUAAAUCAUUUCAAACUACCGGUAGCUGCACUUUGCAAGCAUUUUCCAUUUACCACAAUAAUCAGGUUCAUAUAAAAGUAUCAUGGACGCCAGUAUCAGAAAACCAUGUGGAAUUCAAAACAUAUUUGAUAAAAUGGAAACCAGUGUUAUGUGAGAAUAAUGAAAAUGUUCCUGAAAGAAAAGCAACUGUUCAGGGUUCAAACUUUGUCAUUUCUGGGCUCCUGUUUGCAUGCAAGUAUAGAGUAACAGUACGGCCAUUCACCCUUCAGGCAUCAUCAGUUGAAGAGAUGACAUUUGUAAAGACACCAAGGUGCAACAACAUGAAAGUUAAAAACCUGAAAGAUGCACAGUGUCCAAGACAGGGUCGCCACCGUCUGUCCAGAAAUGUUAUUCAAAAAACAGAAAAAUUAACUGCUGCCUUUCAUGAAGUAAAUGGCAAAAUUCAAGGGGAAUUUCAAUGGCAAGCCUUUCAAAAAGUCCCAAUGCAAAACCUUACUGGCUUCCUGUUCAGCUGGGCAGAGAUAUCAGGAGCUACUGCCGUUUACAGUACACAGAUACUACCAGCUGACUUUGCCUGUGUGGUUAUUGAGAACCUGAAACCAUCAACGUCCUACCACAUUAAACUGAGAGCAGUCUACAGCAAUCAAGAAGAAUUGUCUAUAGAAAAAACAUUCAACACGCCCUUAUUUAGAUGAGGUUAGUUAACCAAAAAGGGUGAAUUCAAACUGGUUGGUUGGAAUAUGGCACUUGAACUGAUCUCCUUGCACUUUUAAUCAAUACAUCUGCAUGCGAUACUACUUGACAGCCAAACCAAU